GUCAAAAGUGGUAAAAAUGUGAUGUCUUCCUAGAUCGCGGACCAUUCGUGAAAGAACAGUAACGACGAAAAGAUGUACAAGUGCGUGGUUCUGUUGGUCCUCGUGACGCUGCAGGGGAGUGUGAUCUGGUCUGCCUGCGAUGUGUGCCAGUCGAAUGGGGCCGCUUGCAUUAAUCAGACCUCGUACAACCUAUGCUUUGGCAGCAGCAUGCCCAAUACCGCACAGAACUUCACGUGCACGGAUGGCCUGGUCUGCACAGAUCAGCCAAUUAUUUGCUUCCAGCGCAGCGAGACUCCGGCCAGCUGCGGCGACACCGAUAGCUGCGGCCAGUGUGCCCCCAAUUACGUUUUUGCUUGCACUUCCCGUUCCACGUUCGCCUUCUGUUUCGGCUCUACCAAGCCAACGAACGUUACAGGCAGCUGCCCCGCCGGCUACUUCUGCGAUGCAUCUACUCAGGAGAUUUGCGUAAUCAAGACCACAGAUGAUUCUAUCAUAUGCCAUUUGGACGAACCCAGCGUAGUCUAGUAAUUAAUUUUAUAGUUAUUAAUGGUA